GUGAUUAGAUAUGUCCGAUAAUGUUUUUUUAGCCGAUAUCCGAUAUUCCGAUCUUGUCCAACUCUUAAUUACCGAUUCCAAUAUAUACAGUUGUGGAAUUAACACAUUAGUGUACCAAAUUUUGUUGUGAUGACCAGCUGGAUGCAUUAAACAAAGUAACAAGGUUUUCCAAAAUAAGAGAACAACUUCAACUUAAGCUAUGGAAAAAAGUGCCAACAUGGCACUGCCAUAUUUAUUAUUGAAGUCACAAAGUGCAUUAUUUUUUUUAACAUGCCUCAAAACAGCAGCUUGGUAAUUGGGACAUGCCCUUUCUGAAAUAAUACUGAUACCCACUACAACUAUGGGAAAUACUAUACAUUGACUUUCACAAAGUGAAUUUUUUUUUUUUUAAACUCAACCAACAAGCCUCGUCUGCAUCUUUUAUGAUUAGACAAGAAAUCACAUAUAUUUACAAGGCCAUUUUCAAGAAGGAUAUUUAAAGAGAAGCUACAUCUUGUGAGAAAAUGUCAGCCAACCCCGGAAACUCGAAUGGUUUCUACAGAUUAAACAGGCAUGUUUCUUAGAAUGCCAGUGCUCGGAACCUAUAAUUUCUACAUUGAUGUCACCUAAAUAAACCGAUGAGUCUCAUAGAGCACGUGAGAUCACAACAAGCCUUGCCAAAAUGAUUGUGAAGGACUUGCAACCCAUUUCAAUAGUAGAGGACCAAGGUUUCCGGCAUUUUAUGAAGGUGGUAGAUCCUCGAUACCAGAUCCCUAGUCGGAAAUCCAUGAUGACAGGUGAAAUUCCCAAACUGUACGAGCAUGCACAAAAAACAGUAAAGGACUCCAUGCAAUCAGCAAGCAGUGUGGUUUUAACAACCGACAUGUGGACUGCAAGAACCACUGAAGGUUAUUUGACUCUGUCAGGACAUUUUAUUGACAAAGACUGGCAGAUGCAGUCUUGCAAUCUUGCAACAAUCCAUGUAGCUGUGCAGCACACAGCAGACAAUAUAUCUGAACUCCUCCAAAAAACAACUGAUGAAUGGGGCAUCACCAGUAAGGUUCAUGCGGUUGUUACAGACAAUGGAGCCAAUAUGGCCUCUGCUGUGCGUAAAACUUGUUGGAAAGAUAUUCCUUGUUUUUCUCUCACACUCAACCUCAUUGGGAAGGACUCCAUUAAGGCUGACACAAGUCUUGAGUCCAGCUUUGAGAAAGGCAGUGCCAUUGUUCGGUUCUUCCAUCACAGCACCAGAGCAACUGACAAGCUAAAAGAAGUACAAAAUCAGUUGAAUUUACCACAGCAUAAACUAAUCCAAGCAGUAGAUACUAGAUGGAACUCUGUGUUGUACAUGAUUGACAGACUGUAUGAGCAACAACAAGCCAUCACAACAACACUUUGUCUUCUCGGGAGAAACUACAUGUGCCUAUGUGAUGAAGAAUGGUCCCACAUCAGGCAGGCCAGUGAUGUCCUCAGGCCUUUUGAAGAGGCCACCAAGGAGGUUUCAGCAGAGCAGUAUGUCACGAUUUCCAAAGUCAUACCUCUGGUCUGUCUUCUUCUCCAGAAAGUAACCACAUCUGCUGACCAGGGUAACAGUCUGGCUUCACAACUUGCUGCACAAUGCAAGCGAAGGUUCCAAAACAUUGAACACAACCACACUCUUGCAGCCGGCACCUUUUUGGACAUUAACUUCAAAAACAUUGUGUUCAGUGAUUCUGCAAAUGUGGAUAUGACUAAAUCACGGAUCAUCACAGAAAUGCAAGCCCUGGCCUGCGCUGAAACACAGUCAACAAGACAUGAGGCCGCCCGCGACUGCAUCAACUGUGACACAAGAUUCGCCUGCUGAGUGCUCAUCAUCCAAGGGAAUAUGGCAGGAGUUUGGCAGUCGUGUUCUGGCUUUUCAGAGCAAUCGCACAGCAAACACAGAUGCGUAUGUUGAAAUGAGAAGAUACAUGGAGGAAAAGCUGAUCCCAAGGAGUGAGGACCCUUUGGUUUGGUGGAAAAAAAAUGAAAACACAUUCCCAAUGCUGAAGAAAGUUGCGAAAAAAUACCUUGGAACUAUUGCAACGUCUGUUCCAGCAGAGAGACUCUUCUCUAAGGCCGGAGAAAUAAUCAGCCAGAGGCGUAAUCGUAUCAAAGCAGAAAACGUGAACAUGUUACUUUUCCUGUACAGCAAUCUGAGAAUUCAGUAAAGUGGGACGUGUGAUGACAUAUCUCGAGUACACUAAA